AUGGCGCAAACCACAAUGAAUGCCGUCUCGCUUCCAGCCACUCCCCCCGCGCAGCUGGCGCGCAACGGUGCCGUUCGGCUGAGCAGCCACGCUAAUUUCAGUCUAGCCCCAGCGCGGCGCCUUCUUUCAACGCGCAAGGCCAUUACCUCCAGCCGUAGGACCAAUCAGAGCAUUUCCGUACGAUCAGCGUCCACUAACCCUGCGGACACCUCCGGUCGACCUGGCGGCAGCCAGACAGGCAGCGAUUCGAAUUCCGCGUCCCCACCGACCCAUGAAGACGGACCUUCUCCCGCGCCUGCAGCGGAGUCGCCAUCUCCGUCAACUCCGUCAGCGUCGUCAACCCCGUCCUUUCCGUCAGCUCCGUCAGCGUCGUCAACCCCGUCAGUUCCGUCAGCUCCGUCAUCGAAGCCGUCGUCGCUGCUCGGUCUGGUCCUCUCCGCGGGGCCGCCGGGGUCGUGGGACAGCAGCGGCGUGGGGAAGGCCGUCGUGCGGCGCUUCGCGAGCGACAACGAGGAGCGCUGGUUCAUGUGGUACGAGGGGUGGUCCCAUGAUGACACGUCAGCAGAAAGCAGCGAUCCUACAAAUGGACCCGUUCCCCCUGUCUCCCGCGCGCGGACCGGGGUGGCGGUUUCCGCCAACGGGCUGCACUGGAGCCGCGGAAGCGGCGUGGCGGAAACUGAUGCCAAGGGACGAGGCGGGCCAGGAAUGGUCCUUCAGCCCAGCGCUAAUUGGUGGAACUUCGACACACGCCACGUCAGCGUGUCUGACGUCAUGAUGAUGUCAUCGCAGAAAGUCCGCGCCAGCGGCGGCGUCCUGUGGAUGUUCUACGUCGGGGGAAACGCGGAAGAACUCCCCAUUCCCGCGCGAAUCCUCCCCCUGCUCCCCCCGCGCCUCGCCCCCGCCGGAUCAGCGCCUGCUGCGCGUGAAUUUACCGAGGGGGAGGUGGUCGAGGGGCUUCGGACGCGCAUCGGCCUGGCGAUGAGCCACGACGGGCGGAACUGGGCGCGCAUCGAGGGGGACCACCACAGCGGCGCGGCGCUGGACGUGGGCGCGGAAGGGGAGUGGGACGAAUUAUUCCACGGCGCGCCGCAGAUCGUCUUUCACGAGCCCGGGGAUAUCCGGCUGUUUUAUCACUCUCUCGAUAGAUCCGCCAAGGGGGGCAAGACGGGCGAGACGAAGGAAGGAAAAUUCAGGGUAGGUUUUGCCCGAUCGCGGGAUGGGUUGAAAUGGGUGAAAUUCGGGCCGGUGUUUUCCGGGAGCAACGGGAAAUUCGCGUUUGAUGCGCUCGGGGUGACGUCGCGGUAUGUCCUGCGCGACCCGCGCGCGUCAGCGGGGGGAAGCGGAGCGGGGAAAGCGGGGAAAGGCGGGAAGGAGGACGCGCGCAAGUACGUGAUGUUGUAUGAAGGCGUCGCCGCGGACGGAUCGACGGCCAUAGGACUCGCGGAAUCGGAAGAUGGGAUGAGCGGCUGGAAAUGCCUGGGCCCUGUUUUUGAGCCAGCGAGAGGGAAGGGAAGCGGAAACGGAAAGGCGGAAGGGGAUGGGGAGGGGAGCGGAGAGGGGAAGGGCGGGGGGGAAUCAGGCGCGUGGGAUUCGUGGUCGGUGGGGUCGCCCUGUUUGGUGGAUCUGGGCGGCGGACAUCUGCGGCUGUACUAUGUGGGGUCGGAUGGGCGGGGGUUUCAAGGUGUUGGGGCAGCUGAGUCGCUGGAUGGGAGCUUCGAGUUUGAGCGGUGCGCUAAUCUCGAGGCGCUCCUGUAG